AUGUCUGCACCUGUUGUGUCUCAGAGGCUCAACAAUGGGAUUCCUACUGGCAUGCAAGAGCCACCAUCACUGUCUCAGGUUUUAAGAGAGAGCUACAUGGCAGAGGCAAGAGCCCGCCAAAACAACAGUCAGAUGAACCACUCGGACGCUCCCUCCUCACAUCUUCAGAUCCAUGGGUCACUCAAAGAUAAGAUGGAGGACUCUUUGGGCCACGGUGAUCCCCAGUUCCCAGACCUGUCCGCCUUUCUCAGCCAAGAGGAGCUGGAUGAGAGCGUGAACUUGGCGUGCCAGGCCAUCAGACAGGAGCCUCAAGUGGAGAAGGAGGAGAGCAAAGCCUCUAUCACACCAUUAACCCCGUCCAACAGCACCCCAGCCUUGAAUUCUUCCUGUGAACCCCCAUAUGUGUCAUUGGUUAACCACUCACCGGCUCUUUUUGCUGCUCCUGCCUCUGUGCCCCUCUCUCAUCCAGCCCCUGAUUGUAAAGAACUUCCAGAAACACAUGAAAACUGGACAGCAGACUGUAAGGAGUUAAAAGCAACCACAAGGCAGGAAAACACAAUCAGGGACAGCAGAGAGUCCAGUGAAGGAUUCAACGACUUUACUGGGCCAGUGAGGAAUGCCGCAUAUGGUCCAGAGACCCAGUCCAAGAAGGAGUUCCUCAACAAGGCAGCAGACUUCAUCGAGGAGCUCUCCUCUCUCUUUAAGGCCAACAGCACCAAACGAGUACGGCCAAGGUCGUGCAAAACCUACAGAAACAAGAACCAGAGCAAGAGCCAGCAUGAAGACGCAGCUUCCCCCCUCAGCCAUGAAAACAGGGAGCGUGCUCUCAUGCCCAUGACAGUGAAGAAAGAAAGACCCAGCCCCGCUGCAAGUUACCCACCAAAAGUCCAGAUGGACUCUGAAAGUGGGUACGGGGAGUGUCAGGACUUCAGGACUGUUGAAACGUGUGACACUUUAUCCCAGGAGGUGCAGGUGGAGGCUGACAGCUCUGCCUUGACAGAAAGUCCACAUCCAGGGCCUGCAUGUGAGCCUCCUCACUUCAUCCAGAAACUGAAAAGCAGGGAGGUUCCAGAGGGCAUCAAGGUCCAGUUAGACUGCACUGUACAAGGGUUACCUGUCCCCGAAGUCCGGUGGUUUUGCGAGGGCAAGGAACUGGAGACCAGCCCGAACAUUCAGAUCAUUGCAGAUGGAGAUCUGCACUCUAUGGUCAUCUCAGAGGCUUUUGAGGAAGAUACCGGACGCUAUUCUUGCUUUGCGUCGAACUGCUACGGCACUGACUCCACGUCAGCUGAGAUCUAUGUUGAAGGUGCCUCUUCUUCGGAUUCUGAAGUAGACCACAACGUUGGACAUGUAGUCCAGUCACAGAGGAAAUCUUUACCUCAGUCAUCAAGCCAAACUGUCUCUGCAGAAGAGGGCCCUCCAUCAGCCCGUCCAGCAUCAGGACCUGAGAGACCGUCUGAACACCUCCCCUCUCUACCAACUAACCCAAUAACCCUAGAGGGUCCUCUUCCAGUCCAGACAACAGCCACCAUCCUCCUGGUCCCAGAGCUGUCUAAAACACCUGUGGCAUCAAGAGCACACCUUCUCCAGGAUGAGGAGGAGGAGGAGACUGCUGUGAGGUCGUUUCCUGUUGAGUUUCAGAGUGAUACAGAACUCUCAGCGGCUCAGGAUGUGUCAGCGUCUGUCUCAGUCAUAUCCACACCAUCGCCCAUGAUGACAGCUACAACGAAAGCCACAUCAUUACCUUUGAAUUCAGUAACUUUCUCUAUGCUGCCUGUCCCGUCAUCUACAACAUACACACCCCACGCUGAGAAUCAACCCUUGAACAACAACCACAUUCAAGUGAUGGAUGAGAAACAGACAAUGGCUGCCCCUGUGUUCACAAAGAGCCUGCAGGAACUCCUUGCAUCAGAGGGCCAGCUGGUGGUGCUAGAGUGCCGAGUGAAGGGGGGGCCAUCACCUCAAGUGGACUGGUACAGAGAUGGAAAACUGGUAGCGGAGUCUCUUAACUUCCAGAUGCACCAGAAAAAGCCCAGAUCUCCGACUGAAUCAGACGAGAUCUGCACUCUGGUCAUCACUAAAGCCAGCCGUGAAGAUUCAGGGAUGUUUACUUGUUCAGUAAGCAACCAGUAUGGAUCCACUACAAGCACUGCAGCACUCACAGUGACAGGUAACAUUAUUCAUCACAUAAAACAUCCAUCUAGUAGCACCAACAUUCAUGCCAGGCCGUUCAGCAGCCUCACAGUGGACCCGAGCCAAAAACCGUUCCCCUCAGCUAACACGGCCAACACAGCUCACAGCCUCACACCCUUUACAAAGAACAUCUUCACAGACCCUGUCACUUCCAGCACUUCAUGCCUAGAGUCCUUCAGCAGCAGCCCAUUUUGUCUGGACCCCAACAGCUCCAGCAUGAUGGGUCCAGACCGCCUCUACACCAGUCUACCCAGUCUGGAUCCUGCUACCAUAAGCAGCUCUUGUCUGAACUCAUGCAACACCAGCACUAAGAAGUUAGAUUCUUCCUUCCAGCAGGGCCCUCCUGACUGCAGGAGAGCCUGUCCAGAACCAGAGAGCAGCAGCCAGGUGGCCUCAUGCAUAAAACCUUUCAGUGCAGUAACGUCUUCAUCUGAGCAGGACAUCUCUCAACCGUCACUGAACAAGAACCUUACAAUGAAGGGGACUGCAAACCAUCAGAACGGCAGCCCAAUCACAGUCCCACUCCCAGAUCCCCCUCCUAACUCCUGCCUAAAGACAGGCACCCAGACGAAACACAAAGUCUCCCGCUCCAGCUCCAGAGUGGGUCUGCGUGUGCGCUUCAAAAUGCCAGAGGAAGAACCCAGUGAUAUGUCCAGCCAGUCGGACGAAGACGCUGCUCAGCUUUCAAUCAACAAGGAGCCACCUCCAGUGCUGGCUAAACCCAAACUGGACCCAGUCCAGCUCCAGCUCCUGCACAACCAGGUCCUCAUGGAGCAGCAGCAGGACACUGACCAUCAGACCCCAACUCAAACUCAGACUCAUACCCAGUCCUCAUUUCAGAUCCAGCCUGAAGUCCCAAGCUUCAGUGAAGGCCCGCUGCGCUUACCCAGCACCCAACAUGAGCCCCAUCUGCCAUCCUUUCAGCCCAGCCUGAACAACACCACAACCCUGAAGCAGACUCCUACCUCUGCACCUCCACAUACCAACUCCUCUGCUCCCUCUCUGAGUUCUGCUCCUCCCUUGAACAACACCACAACCCUGAAGCAGACGCCUUCCCCUGCACCUCCACUUCCUCAGUUUAAGUCUUCCCUGUCAGAGACCCGCCCUCCACUUACCCCCCAGUUUGAAUCAGUUCCCCCUCUCAGAGUAGCUCCUGUAACCCGGAUUAACACCAUUCACGCUUCCCACCUCAACCUCUCUCCUGCAGCUGUUGCCUCCACAACACCCCUCGGUUUCCCACCACCUGCACCAAAGCUUAGUACUAGCUCUACAGAUUCAACAUCCUACUUACAGCACAUCACAUCUCCUGCUCCUCUACUGAGGAGCACAUACGCCUCCCUCACUAACCUGACCGCCACCUCACACACAUUCAACUAUGCCAGGCCUAAAGAAUUUAUAGCUGCUCAAACCUUCUCACCAGUCAGGAGUCCUUCCCCCAGUGAAUCUCCAGUCCCUCUGCUGCAGGAACUAGCUGCUGAGCUCAACUCCUCUGCAGCCAGCUCCCCCACUCUUCCAAUGUCCCCACCACCAGGAGUCUUCCCAGCGAGGGUGCUGAGGUCUCCCACUAGCCCUCCAUUCCUUAUGACCUCACCCCCACCAACAAUGUCCUCUUUCCUGAACAACAUGUUCAAUGUACCACCGAAGGCCUCUUCUCCUAUCUCCAGCAGCUCCACACCCAGCCCCAUUCAGAACCCUGUAGCGUUCCUGAGCUCGGUCCUGCCGUCCCUGACCCCAAGUCAGCCCACCAACUCAAUGGGCUUGCCCAGGGGGGCUCCUUUAGGGCUUCAGAAGAAGGUGCCAAAGAUGCGCCCUCAAUCAGACAGUUUUGAAAGCAGAGAAAUUGUUCAACCCAACAUCGAGAGAAAGCUUCAAGGCUUUCAAAGCUGUGAGGACAUUACUCCAAGUGCAUCACAUCAGCAGAAGCUGAGUAACAAAGGGAAAACAGGGAGCAGACCUCUUGGACCAAACAUACCUGCUACUGUCUUUAACUAUGAUGAGGAGUACAGAGUCUCCAAUUUUGAGCAAAGACUGAUGAGUGAGAUUGAGUUCCGUUUGGAGCGAACACCGGUGCAGGAGUCAGAUGAUGAAGUGCAGCAUGACGAUGUCCCCACUGGGAAAUGCAUCGCGCCCAUAUUUGAAAAGAAACUGAAGAACUUCAGAGCCAUGGAAGGUGUGCCUGUCACCUUCUCAUGUAAAGUGUUGGGAAUCCCUGUUCCAAAGGUUUACUGGUUCAAGGAUGGCAUGCAAAUCUUAAGGAAGAACAUCCAUUACAAGAAGAUAAGAGAGGGGGAUGGGACCUGUGCUUUACAUAUAGAGUCCACAACCAAUGAUGAUGACGGUAACUACACUGUCAUGGCAGCUAACCCACAGGGACGAAUCAGCUGCUCGGGCCAUUUGAUCGUACAAACAGGACCUCCCAGACCUCUUCACCCUCGGAGGGUGCAGGUCUGCAUACAGGAAAAAGAAGGUGAACAAACACAGGAGCGCUUCUUUCAGCCUCACUUUCUCCAGGCCCCCGGUGACAUGCUCGCUCACGAGGGAAGGCUGUGUAGACUGGACUGUAAGGUGAGUGGCCUACCUAUCCCAGAACUGAUGUGGUUGGUGAAUGGGAGGCCAAUCUAUCCAGACAUUUACCACAGGAUGUUGGUGCGAGAGAAUGGCAUUCACUCUCUUGUCAUUGAUCCUCUGACGCAAAAUGACGAUGGGACGUACACCUGCAUUGCAAGCAACAAAGCGGGGCAGAGCUCCUUUAGUCUGGAACUGAAAGUAGUAGAGAAGGAACAGAAGCACCCUCCAAAGUUCUUGGAGAAGCUGCAGAAUACAGGUAUUCCUGAAGGAGCUCCAAUACGACUUGAGUGCCGGGUGGUCGGUAUGCCCCAUCCAGUUAUCUUCUGGAAGAAAGACAAUGACACCAUUUCAAAAAUUAAUGACAGAAUCAGCAUGACCCAAGAUCCAACAGGAUACGUAUGUCUCCUCAUACAUCCCACAACAAAAGAUGAUGCUGGCUGGUACACCGUGUCAGCCAAAAACGAGGCCGGCAUUGUGUCCUGCACCUGCAGGCUUGAUAUCUAUGCACAGUGGCAUCAGAGCAUCCCUCCACCCAUCAAGAGGUCUACACGUGCAGGUAGCCGCUAUGCAGCUUUAACAGGCCAAGGGAUUGACAUCACGUCAGCCUUCCCAACAUCAGAGGCCAGCCCUAUCCUGUACGCCACGUCUCCACCCGAGGCCAGAACAGAGAGCGAGGAGCUUUGAGCUCGACAAACGCUGCAGACUGGUGACCUUAAGAGGAGACCCAGCUUGUUUGGUGACCUCUCUGUGGUCUGAGGGGGUAGAAGGAGACCCUGGGCAGAUUGUCUCUAUACUUGUGUGAUGCAUUUAAAUGUAUACAAUCAUUUAUACUCAGAAUUUAUUGUGAAGGCAAAAAGUUGAGCUGUUAAAGAGAAUUAGCACUGAAGGUGGGUUUGCCACCAUUCCUAUUUACCCAAUUAUUUAUAUGAAGACGUUUUCACACACACACAAAAAGACUGAUGAAGAGUCUUAGCUCAUGAGCCAUCAGUGGUGUCCUCUGUCAGGUCCUCAUAUGUGUUUUCUACAUGUUUUGCUUGAAUUGUUUGAUUGAUGCUGAUAACAUCUGUUCUCUUUAGUCCCUUUCAGAAACUGAUACUUUUUUUUCAUUAACAAAUUAAUUUAUUGAUAUUUGUCACAUUUUGCACAGUGUUGCUUUUUGUGCAUGCAUGCCAACAUGAUCCAGUAAUAUAGGACAGUGACCCUGUGUCCAUGGUGGUCAUGAUAACAACAGUAUGCUGUCAGGGUAGGUCUCCUUUCAGUCAAACAGAAACUAUAUGACUAUUGUGUUCAGCGAUCUGUAGCUGAUUAUGUUUUUUAGCUCACACCGAUCAUUCAUGUGAUAUAUCAGUUAGAACUUCAAGUUGAAUCUAUUAAAAGAGGUUGGUUGUUUA